AUGGGAAAUCCAUUAGAUCCAGAAUAUCAACGAUUUUUGAAAAACCAAAGACAAAACAUACCCGAAGGGACCAAUCCGUUUGGCACAGACCAAAGUCAUCAACAGGAUUCAGGAUGGUUACCGUGGAAACCAAAAAGACAGGUACAGGGAGCGGCCAAUUGGUCAGAAAUAUGGACCGAUGAGGACGAUAUGGGUACCGAUCUAUUCAAUCCGCCGCAAUUGAAUGCGUUAAGAAAACCAAAAGCCCUACCGGAUGAUCAGCUCGAGUAUCUGAAACAGGAGAGACCGGGCGAACUGUGGCGUAAUAUACAGUUUUUCAAAAAACUAGAAGAAGGAAGUUUCGGUUCGGUUUGGGAUGUGGUAGCCGAACGACGAACCGGUAGCAGAUGGGAAGCGCCGACAUUGUUAGAGCAUGUAGUGGACAGCGGUCGGAGACCGUGGAUGAAAUGGAAAAAGAUACGCCUUGCUUGUAAAGUGAUGAACUAUCCUAGGAGUUGGGCUGGCCAUUGGCACAGUAUUGUGAAUAUAAUGUUAGCCGACAUGUUUGCGCUCAGGUAUUUGAAACAUGAAAACAUUGUCCAAUUUCACGAUAUCAUUGGUAUACCCGACUCACAGACAGGAUUUCCCUAUGCUUUUAUAGUGAUACUAAUGGAUUUGUGUGAUGGCGAUUUGUUUAGUCUACUCGAACAGCAGACACCAAAUUGUUGUUUCACUGACCAGCAAACCAUGGCUUGGCUAAGACAGAUUGCCUCAGCGCUCCGGUAUCUGCACGUCGACAUGCGUACAGUUCAUUUGGAUAUCAAACCUGAGAACAUACUGUACGUUAGUCGGGCCGGACUACCCAUCGAUCAAUGGAUCUAUAAACUGACCGAUUUUGGUACGGCCAUCAGCUACAACAACAACAAAGGCGAUCCAAUGGUGUCGGCCGUCAAAGCCGGUACCAAAGAUUAUAAUUCGGACGAAAUGAAUGCCAAUUGCAAACAACCAGUUCCUCAACCGAUCGAUACUACUGCCUGCGAUAUCUAUUCGUUGGGCGCCACAGUAGCCAACAGUAUAAUCGGACAAUUGCAUUAUAUAAACGGAAAACUCAGUCCUCAAGAACUAGUCAAUCGGAUGGCCACAAAUCAACCGGGAUCGUUGUCGUGGAAACUGAUCAAUUUGACGAUACAGAUGCUCAAUGCUGAUCCACAAAAGAGGCCAACUAUUGAACAACUAUGCGAUAGGUUAGCUGAUAUGUAG